AUGGAUCAUAGUCUGUUGGUGAAGCAUCCUGAUGAUGCAUCUCAGGUUGUCGUGCAGCCCGUGGAGGCUCGCAGCAACGUGCAGGACACGAAAUAUGAGAGGCAACUGGUCCGCAAGAUUGACCUGUAUUUGAUGCCGGUUGUCUUCUUUAGCUUCGGCUUGCAGCUGCUGGACAAGACCUCAUUAGCCUUUAGUGCGGUGCUUGGGAUGAACGAAGACCUGCAUUUGGUAGGUCAGCAAUAUAGCUGGUCAAAUGCGGUCUACGAUGUAGGGUUCUUGGUGGCGUCUUACCCCGUUUCGCUGGGCUUUGUUCGCUUUCCGCUGGGGAAGUACCUGGCCGUCUUCAUGGGGUUUUGGGGUAUUGUCCUUACCUUACAUGCUGUUGCAGUAGACUUCAAGAGUCUCAUGAUUCUCCGUGCUGCACUCGGUGUCUUUGGCAGCGCCAAUGCUGCAGGCUUCUCCUUGGUCACGAACAUGUGGUACACCGAUGAGGAGCAAAUUCCUCGCCACUCGUUCUGGUUCACGGGCAAUGUCCUUGCAGGCCUUAUAGGAUCUUUUGUCGCUUACGGGUCCCUUCAAUACACGGGCGGAUUUCCCAAGUGGAAGAUCCAGAUCAUAUCCCUAGGGCUUCUUACCUUGCUGUGGUCGAUAGUGCUGUUCUUCUACCUCCCCGACUCACCUUCUUCCGCAUGGUUCCUGCACCAAGAAGAUCGCCAGUUCGCUUCCUCGCGUCUGAGUCGUCUACAGCGCACGACCAAAACCAGCAAAUGGGAUUGGUCGCAGGUGAAGGACGCUCUAACGGAUUUCCAUGUCUGGUGGUGGUUUAUAUUCUCGUUCGUCAUUGCGCUCCCAAACAGUGGUGCGACAAGUUUCUCCACCCUCAUCAUUGAAGGAUUCGGCUAUAAUGCCGGCGAAACAAUACUCAUCGGCCUACCCACCUACGCCUUCCAGCUCGUCACCAUUGUCCUCGUAGCCGUUGUCACAUCCAAGAUCAAGAAUGCUCGUCUCCUAUGCCUGGCCGCCUGGUACCUCCUAGCCAUUGCAGGCACCUUGAUGAUCAAACUGCUCCCCGCUGAGGACAAGCUGAGCAGACUCGCCGGGUUCUGGCUGAUCAUGUCGGUAGUCCCACUGCCGCUCGUGCUGUCCCUCCUCGCAUGCAACAUCGCAGGUUCGACCAAGAAACCGACCGUCUUGGCUGUGUUCUUCAUUGCCAAUUCAGCAGGGAACCUUGUCGGGCCGCAGUGUUUCAUCGCUCGUGAAGCGCCGCAUUAUACGACCGCGUUCACGACCUUGCUUACGUGCUACUCGCUUGCUGCCCUGUUGUGUGUUGUCCUGCGCUGUUAUCUUGUCUGGCAGAAUAAGCGAAGAGACAAUCAGCCCGGUGAAGCGGAUGCAGGACAAUCGCCAGAAAUCUCUGCGGACGCCGUGGAAAAGACUGAACGCACAGACGCAGACUUCCGAUACGUUCUUUGA